AUGGCCGACAAUGAGGGAAAUGCCAUACGGACGCAGCUGCGCAAUCUCAAAGUCCUUCAAGGAUAUCUCGAGAAGUGCGACUUCACCAAAUUUCCCGCUUCGCCCCAAGAAGCCUUUAACCGCUGGCUUCAGGAGGCCGUAGAAGCUGGCGUCAAGGAGCCCCACGCAAUGACCCUCUCCACGGUUGACGCGCAAGGGUGUCCGGAUGCUCGAAUCCUGAUCCUCAAGAACGUGGACCAUCGUGGCUGGCAUUUCGCAAUCAAAGCGGAUAGCCCAAAAGGUCAUCAACUGUCAAGCAACGGCCAAGCUGCUCUGACUUUCUACUGGCCCGAUCAAGGUCGCCAGAUACGCGUUCGCGGGAAGGCCUACUCGCUUCCUGUGGAUGAGAGUCGGCGCGACUUUGCUGAUCGGCCUUUCUCUUCGAAGGUGUCUGCGCUGGCUUCCAAACAGAGUCAGGUGCUCCGGGAUGAGAAUCAGCUCCUGCACGCUUUGGAUGCGGCACGCCGGACGGUGGAAGAAGAUCCUGGUCUUAUUCUUCCGGGAUGGACGGUGUACACUGUUGACCCGACUACUGUUGAGUUUUGGCAAGGUGCUCAGAGCCGCCUCCACCAAAGAUUAUCUUACAGCGUUGGGAAGGAGAGGGGUGCAUGGGAUAAGCAUCUUCUUUGGCCCUGA